CUCCUGCGUGCCGCUGAAAGCUGAAAGAGUUAAGAAGAUUUGGCAGCUCCGCGGCAACCAGCCAGCCGGUGAGGGAGGAACUGGCUUCCGGUGGACAGAGGCAGGCGGCUCACUUGCCUGGGAUUAAGUGGGAUCGGGAGAGAUUACAGCCCUCUCUCCCUCUCUCCCUCUCUCUCGCUCUCUCUCACUCUCUUGUUCCCUGUAGCUCGAUAGAAGCGUAGUGUUGCCUCCAGUCUCUGGGUGAUAUUUUCCCAUCUUAUAUACAUUUUUCCAGCACCCGUAUUGAUGCUAAAACCUGCAGGAGCUGGAGGAUACAAGCUUGUGGCAUCAUCUAAGGACUCAGACAUAAAGGUUUUUCCAGCCGUAGUAAGCAAUCAGCAGGUGGUUGGGGUCGAAGGUCAGGGCCCAGUGACCAUGAGGCAGGCGGUGGAGGCUCAGGUGUUAAAUCCCUACUGCGAACUAGGAGAACACGGCCUGCGUCAGAUCCUGACAGAUGUUAUUGAUGAGGUGAGACAGUCGAUAGAUCAGGACAUCGACGGUGCAGAGAUCCUCCACAGUCUGCUGAACGCCUCCUGGCUGCAGUCGCUGCUCAAGGUUUAUGAGUGUCUUCAAAGGUACCUGAGAGAUUCCCCGACACCGGCUCUGGACUACGCUUCAGGACUUUCACUUCAGUUGCUGAUCGACAUCAGAGCGUUGCCGAGCUGCUCUGAAGAAGCCAAAGAGCUCUACCGCCUCCUGAGACAGCCACACCUGCAGGCUCUAUUAUCAGCUCAUGAUACGGUGGCCCAGAAGGACUAUGAGCCAGUACUGCCACCCAUGCCAGAUGAGCUGCCGGAUGAUGAGGAGGCCACCAGGAUCGUCUGCCUGGUCAAGAACAAACAGCCUCUGGGAGCGACUAUAAAGAGAAACGAGAUCUCAGGGGAGAUUUUUGUUGCUCGGGUGAUUCAUGGAGGGCUGGCUGAUAGAAGUGGUCUGUUGCAUGCAGGGGACAGGAUCAUAGAGGUUAAUGGUUUUCCUGUGGAUGGGAUGGAACCAGAGCAAGUUAUCCAAGUUGUGCAAGCGAGGUCGCAAGGCACCAUCAUGUUUAAGGUCGUUCCCAUCACAGAAAGGCCAGUCCACAACCAGACGAUGCUCUACGUGCGGGCCAUGGCCGACUACAGCCCUCAGCAGGACCAGACCAUCCCCUGCGCCGACGCCGGUAUGAGCUUCAGAAAAGGCGACGUCCUGGAGAUCGUGGACCAGACAGACGCCCUCUGGUGGCAGGCCAAGAAGCUGCCCAGCAACACAGCGUGCGCCGGCCUCAUCCCCUCUGCCAACCUGCUGAAACGGAAGCAAAGGGAGGUCUGGUGGUCUCAGCCUUAUCAGCCACAUGGCUGCAUACAGACCUUGAGCACUGUAGAGGAAGAGGAAGAUUUGAUGGCCCUCGAUGAGAAAUGUGUUGAAGCAGAUGAGGAGGCAUUUGAAUCUGAGGAGCUCAGAGAAGAGGAGGAUGACUUCAGCAGCAACAUUGGGGGGAUUUAUUUAGUGGGCUUCAGGCGCAGCAUGCGUCUGUGUCGGCGGCGGUUUCACAGCACCAUCCAGCCGUCCUGCCACACCCGCUGCCCCAGCAGCUGCUACAGUGCCCUCAACAGCCCCUACGAGGAGGUUGUGCGCUACCAGCGGCACCCGCAGGACGCACACCGUCUCAUCGCCCUCUUAGGCCCGUCUGGUGUGGGUGUGAAUGAACUUCGGAGGCGCUUGAUUGAAAUAAACCCCAACAUCUUCCAGGGAGCAGUACCUUACACCACAAGAGCACCCAAAGGAUACGAGGAGUCUGGCAGAGAGUAUUACUUCACCAGCCGAGAAACCUUCGACAACAUGGUGUAUAACAACAGGUUUGUGGAGUACGGGGAGUACAAAGGGAACCUGUACGGCACCACUGUCGAUUCUGUGAGGGAAGUUUUAAACAGCGGAAAGAUCUGCGUCAUCGACAUCGAGGCAAAUGCCAUUCAGGCAGUGAGGACCCACGAACUGCGGGCCUACAUCAUCUAUGUGAAGCCUCCACCGUUGGAGCGCCUCAGAGAGACCAGACAGGACUCGUACAUCACCACCAACUACUACGUCAACCGACCGUUCAAAGAGGAAGACUUCCAGGAGAUGGAAGAAGCUUCCCGGAAAAUCGAGUCCCACUACUGGCAGUUCUUUGACCACGUGCUUGUCAACGAUGAGCUGCAGGACUCCUGCGUCCAGCUGCUGACGGCGGUGAGGAAGGCGCAGGACGAGCCGCAGUGGGUCCCAGCCAGCUGGAUACGACCCACCGCCGAGUCGUGAGGGAGGACAGAGGAGACAAGGGGACAAGAGAGAUGUGACCCCUGUUAUCAUGGCAGCAAUUAUUUUAUCUAUCUCAUUUUACAGUUUCCGCACUGUAAAACAAAAAUCUUUACAUGUACAUUAAUUUUGUGUCUAACGUUGUUUUAGGGGAGUACGGCAUGAAAGAAAUCUUAAUAUUUUGAUCUGGUGUGCUUCAUCUGGCUCCGUAAGUCACUUCAUAUCCUCAGAGUUAAGAUGGAGCUGAACACAAGCCCAAAGAAAUCCCUGAAACUGUAUCAGAGUUUAAUAUCAAAACGUAUGAGUUUAAAUUUAGACCCAACUAGAGAUUUUUCUUUGUACUGAGACAGUUAGGUGCUCCUCAUCUUAAGUGCUCCUUCUUCUGAACAAAACAAACAAAAUGUCAAAACAAAAAUGUCAGAUUUUCUGAAGUAAGCUGAGCAUCAGAGCCAUGUCUCUGACUGUUAGUUAAUUAUGAUAAAAGUUUAUACACACGUACAGAUUGCUUAUAGAAAAAAAAGAGUUUACUGCUCUGCAUUCAGGUUUCAUUUAGCUAAAUGUUUCGUGUGGCCCCAGGAACAAAACAAACAAGAACAUUUCUUGCCCUGAUCCCCAUUCUUGUACACAGACCUGCAAUAGAGAUUGUGAUCUUUUUCUGAUUUAUGUUUACAUACUAGAAAGCAAAGUGGUUUCUUGUUUGAUGUUAUAUGUUUUGUUUUUCAUUCUUUGUUUUUAUGAGAAUAAUGUGAUAUUAUGUGAAAGUGCAAGAAAACCAAUUACAUUUGACUAUUUGUACCUGUUCGUGACAUUAAUAAACCACUUCUGAAAGAAGGGUAAUCAUUUA